AAUCGCAUUGUGAAUGAAUCUAUUUUCUUGGUUAGUUUGUGAUUGUGACACCGAAUUUCCAGUUUUGUGUUUGUUUUAUUUUCAGUUAUUUCUAAACUGUUGGUGAACAGUUGUGCAAUUAUUGGAACGUGUUUGAAGAUGUUGAAGAAAAUACGAGCCAUCAAGCUGUUCAAAGGAAAAUCACAAGUUCAAGCACCAACUACAUCAGAAACCAAUACUAGUCCUGCAAAUCAGAAUCAACAAAUCAAUGGAAGUCAACCCCAAAAUCAACCCAUAGAUGCCCGUGUUAAUCCUGCCGAAUGGAGGUUUCGAACCCCUGCUUCUCGUUAUUUGAGCAGCGGUGAGUCCAGCUCCGAAAGCAGCAGUGAGGAGGACCCAGAAAACAACGAGGGCCGUUGGAGCAGGAGGCCGCCGCCUCGUUAUAGAUCUCCGCCGGCGGUUGUCCAACGACCACAGCCAGCAGCUUAUAUUAGCGUUCCUGAUAGAUUAGAUUAUUUGGUACCUGACAUUGUUCGGCAAUGCAAUAGUGUUGCUACUCCAAACCAAGAUCAAGAUUCUACCGAAGCGAAUGCUUCCAAUCCAGCCCAAAUUGGGCCUGACAUGGGUCAGAGAGUAUCUGCAGCCUGCACGCAUCCUCAGCGUCCUAGAUCAGCAAAUGUAACAUCUAAUCCUGGUCAUCACGUACCAAGAAAACAACCGAAGAGGUCUAAUGUAUCUCUGAGUUGGGCCAUCAGGGCAUCUUGCAAUAAUGUUAGUGAUUCUAACACCGACAAGAAUCUGACUUUCUCAAAAGGGAAUUGGACAGAUCGUCUCAACAACAAACAGCAAAACGAUUUAUAUAAUGCGUCAAAUAAAUCUAUGAAAGAUCCUUUAAUGCAAUCAAUAUCUAACACAAACACUUUUAGAAAUGGUCCAUUUAAAUGCAAUACAAAUGAAGAGAGAAGCAAGAAGAAUGAGAAAUAUUCGAACGAACAUCAAAGGCGUAUGAAUAAUAAUAAUCAGUACAGUUCUUUGGAAAGUAAAGCUGUUUCUGAACCAGAUUUACACUCAGAUAGUAUAUCAGAAACGGGAAAUUGUAGCAAAAAGUCAACAAAACACAGACGGAAGAAGGAUAAAUCAAGAAUCGGAUUUGGUUACCAAAUUCGUGACAUUAAUGACUUUUUGACAAGUGCCUGCCUCGAAAAUCCUGCAAAUAUCCCGGUGGUGUUGGGUUGCCCGAGUGUUCUUUAUCGAACACGACCCGGAGGAUUUCAAGAAGAAAUCCAAUUACCUUUGGGAAUGGUUGUGAAUGCAGUAUUUAAAAAUCGUAGUUGGUUGUAUGUUCAAACCCCGCAUGCAGAAGAGGGAUAUAUCAAUCACGGGUCUUGCUUGCCCUUAGGAAUAUUGCCUACUCAAAAAAGUAGAAAUAAUAGUUCAAGUGGUAAAACUUCUCCAUGUUGGGAAAGCACAGUCGACGUUUUUCCUUUGCCCUGCGGUAAUUUAACCGACAGCGAAAAGGAGCAUCACCUUCGUGGCGGCACUCGGUCGGAAUGUGGCGGCACGACGACGCGUCGAAAAAGGUCGACAAACCCUGAAAAACGACAUAGACGCGGCACUAGAUCACUCUGCCGAGAAAACGGGACGCUAGCCCGCGAAAGUAGCGUUGAUCGCCUAUUUCUGCAGGCUGCAGGUUCCACUGAAUAUGCGCCCAAUACAUCCAAAGUAGCACAAACAUGUAAAACUAAACCACUACCGGAAGAAAAUUCAAACACCUGCUUAAGACAUACCUUGUUAGCCGUUUGUGAAGAAUAUACAGACGAGCAUAGUGGUUUAGAAUUAACUAAAGGUGAUGUAGUAAUAUUAGUAUCAACAGUCAGGGCAAGAGAUGGUGAGAAUUGGUUUCAUAUAAGAAACCGAGAAGGCAAGGAAGGUCUUAUACCUGCCUAUGUCGUCGGAAAUGGAUUCUUAUGAGCAUCUGUCUUAGUACAAACAUUAACAAUGCGACAUCCAUUUCGCAGUUGUAUAUUUGAUAUUAUUUAGUAAGUAUCAAAAGUUCACUUAAUAUAAAGUCACACUAAUUUUGUUUAAAAAUUACGGAGCAAUAUUUAUUAGUGAUAUAGUUGAUUUGAUCAGAUCAGCUAAUA